UAGCGAACGGAACAAAAUGUUUCAAUACACCGAAAUGUGGAACGAAAUUCAGUACAACUUUACAUCGAAAAUCUGCGUUAAAACACACUAUCGUUUUCUGAAAACAUAUCGAAAUACUUUCACCGGAUCAUCGGCUACCACCGCCAUGCUUGGAGUCUUAAGAGACAUGCCGCGGUUUGAAAAAGCAACGACGAAGCAGUCGAAGAUGGUUCUCAACAAGCUAUUGCAAAAUCACAUCAUAGAAAAUGUCAAACCAUCUGACAAAGAUACAGGAUUUUCAAAUUCAAAAACGUUAUACAGAUUCUGUAGUUCGAGUUUCAGUGACCAGGAAGAAUUUAGGGAAAUAUUGAAACAGAUUGCACAAAAUGUGGGAAUGAUGAUCAUUUUUACUUGACGACGUUGAAAAAUCUAAUUUGCUUACGACCGAAUGAUAAUGACGUAGGUUGCAAACCUAUUUGAAAAAGAGCCGUAGGAAUGUAGACGUUGAAAAUCUCGAUUUCAAUCCAUGUCUUCGGCUUGUAUAUUUGUGAGGGAUAUAUUCAAAGCUGCAAAUCAGCCCGAUUGGUUUCCGAAACAUUUUAAAUUACGAAACGUGACUCUCUACUGCAGUGGUUCUCAACCUUCGGGAGCUUUUCAAGUGGUACGCGAGCAGCUUUGAAUUAUUGCGACAAUCAACUUUUGAGUUGGCUGAAAUAUGCCGACAACGCUUUAUCCUCUAUACUAUAUGUAUUCGCCGAACGGCCUUUAUGAAUGUUUACUCUGGCAUCUAUUUCCUUGUUUAUUCCGUAACCAUAACCAAUCAGAAAAAAGUCAACAAUGGUAAUUUCUACAGCCGCUCAGACACUUCUGUCUCUCAGACAGAUAUUCAAGUAUG